UUGCCUGUAAAUGACCUUCCACAGUGCCGUCUUACGCAUCAUCGCAGAGAUCAGAUAACGUCAGACCCUAACACGUAUGGCGAGCGUCGACGAUCCCGGCUUCUUCGAACAAGACGACUACGACGAAGAUUUCAAUGAAUUGCCCGGCUCUCCAAUCGCUUUCCACGAGCGCGUCGAAGUGCAAGAUGUCGUCGAUUUGCUGAGAACUAAACUUGCUGUGGUGACAGGAGGGAAAGACAGAAGAGGAGCAUGGCUCAUCACAUUUCCUUCCACCACUCAACGCAAACGAACCAGCGACAUGACGUUUGAUAAAUUCAAACAAAUGCUCUCAUAUCUUGUCCAGUCUGCAAGUAUUGAUCCUGAGCAGGGCAUGUUCUCUGCCAUCAUCGAUGCCAGACACAACUCGUGGAACUUCUGCAACUUCAUCAUCAAAGGCCUUGAUCAUUUUCUUAUUGGCCGAAUUCAUGCUGCUUACAUCGUCGAGCCGGCAGGAUUCUGGAGCAAACGAACAAAUAGUGCUGCAUUCAAGAAGACAAGAAGUCAACUGACGUAUGAGACUGUUUUGCUGGCUUCACCGAUGAAGCUCAAUCGCUUCAUAGAGGCAAGUCAGUUGACGGAGGAUCUUGGUGGCUUUUUACCGUAUGAUCAUAAUGAGUGGUUGGAUGUGCAUCUGGGCUUUGAUCGAUUCUUCAACAAUAUUCAACGUCUUUACGCUGACAUGGACCAACACCAUACAGACAUGAGUUCUUCCAACAUUCCCAGUAAUCUUGAAGCAGCAGAGCAGAUGCUUGAAGAACAUCAUGAACUACGCAACGACAUGAUGGUCACACCAAAACGUUUUCAGGGCGAAGGACAAAGCCUUCUUAAUCAAAUUCUUCAACCUCGGAGUGGCCAGAGACGCCGUUUGUCUCCUGAUUUGUCUCACAUCGUCACACGGAUCCAACAUCAGCUGGAAAAGAUCAGAGGCAAACUUGACUUGUUGGAGGAAGUUUGGGAGCUGCGGCUGAAUCAUCUGGAACAAUGUCUGCAAGUGAAGGAGUUUGAAGAACAGGCGAAUCAGGGUAUUGGUUGGUUUGAGGGUCCCGGAAAUGCAUUUCUGGACGAGAAAACGCCAGUUGGCUUUUCGAAACCAGAAGCAGAAAGAUACAUGAGUGAACACAUCAGCUUUAAUGCACAAGCAGAGAAAUACUUCAAACAGUUGGCGAAGCUACAGCUAAACACCGAGUACUACUUCGAAGACAACCAUUAUGCUCUAGCCGAAAUCCGCCCAAAACUCCAACACAUGGACGCACUAGUCCGGCACUUCAAGAAACGCAUCACAGUCCGUGGUCAACAACUUGCUCUCUCCACAAAAUUCCACACAAUGGCCGAGAGCGUCGAAAACCUACUGCAGCAUCUCUCGCUGCUUUGCUCAGCCGAUCACAUUGUGUACGACACGGAGGCUGCCGAGCAGUUGAUUUCUAAGUUGGCGAACAAUUUAGACGAGGCGAAUCAGUCGCUGGAGCUUUUGCAUCAACUUGGCGAGGGUUUGUUUGAUUUAUUGCAGGGAGGGAAUACGUCGGAUGGACGUCGUUCGGCGAGUCCUCGGCGUGUGAAAUCGGCAACGUUUAAGGCCGUGACGAGGCGUUUUCUGGCACGAAUUGACGAGUUGGUGCAACAUAAACGACUUUGUGAGAAUGUGGUGGAGGAGAAGAAGAACAAGCUGGAACAGUUUUUGCAGUUGAGGAGCUGUGAGGAGGAUGCAAGGAAGAUCAUCGAAUGGCUUCACAAAGCUGCUGAUCUUGUGCGAGCAAGUCAGACUGAUCUUGGUGACUCCGAGGAGAGCAUCAACGACCUGGAACAAGAACACGACGAGUUCUUAUCCAAAGCAAAAUCGACAUACCAGAACGGAAUUCAGUUGAUUGAAACGGGUCAGGUUUUGCGAGACGCCUGUGAGCUGCCCGCAGAGCCGGGAAUGGAACAGAUGCAGCAGCUGGAUAUGGCGUGGAGUGCCGUCGCUUCGGGCAUCGACGAACGAACGGAGAAACUGACGUUGUCGGCGAAGUUUCAUCGAGGGCAAGCGGAGUCUUUGUGCAUGGUUUUGUGGCGAUUGGUGUGCAGUUUGACGUAA